UCAUAAAAUAAAAUUCCCUUUCAUACCAAUCUCUUAAUAACAGAGAAAAAUGAAAAAUCUAACUUUAGUCACACUACUCCCCCUGUUCAUUCUCCUUCUUUUACCCGCCUACAGAGCCUCAGUCUCAGCUACUUCACCUUUCCAAACCCCAAAAAACAUUGAAUACAUCAAAACCUCUUGCAAUACCACAACCUACCCCAGGCUCUGCUACCGUUCCCUCUCGAUCUAUGCAAGCAAAAUCAACUCCAGCCCCAGGCUCUUAGCCGACACCGCCCUCAAUGUCACCCACAAAGCAACAGCCUCCGGUUCAAGGUUGAUGAAAAAUAUCUCGAGAAUCCACGGGUUGACGCGGAAGGAGGCGGCAGCAGUGGCCGAUUGCAUGGAGGUGAUUGGGAACUCCGUGGAUGAGCUACAGCAGUCCAUAGGGGAACUGGGUCACAUCAACCGCACCAAUUUUGACAUCACGAUGAGUGAUAUUCAGACAUGGGUCAGCGCGGCACUGACGGAUGACGAUACCUGCAUUGAUGGAUUUGAAGGUCGGGCCAUGGAUGGAAAGGUUAAGAAUAUGGUGAGGAGACAUGUUGUAAGGAUUGCCCAUUUGACAAGCAAUGCCUUGGCUAUCAUCAACAAGUAUGCCUCAAAUCCUAGCAACAGACCCUAGCGAUUUUCUGUUUGGUUCUCGAGAAAAAGCAAGUUUGAAUUAUUAAGUUGUGUAUAUGCUCAAUAUAAGCCUACACUAGAUAUCUGAAAAAUUAGAAGCAGGGGAUUGUAAUUUCUUUGUGAUAGUAGUGUAAAAUGAAUAGGAAAUGAACUAUAAAAUUGAGAAGUAAAUUAUAAUUUUAUGGAGAUAUAUUGUUUGUUCGAUCAUUUUAAUGUUAGUGUUCUACAUUUAAGUGGGAUAGAGAUUUUUUUUGGUGCUACAGGGCUGUCAUGUUCAUGGUCCAUGCAAGCAAUAAAAGCAGGACAUGGAU